AACGAUAGUAAGUGUCCAAUACAAUAACAUCAGUAUGGCCUGUACAGCUCUGUCUGAAACUUCAACUUGGUCCUUCUGAUGGAGUUGUUUUGUCAUUGCAUUGGUUCCAUAUCAAGUUAAACAAUGUUUGUUCUUAAAGUUGCUUGUCUAUUGAUGACCUUUAAGUCGUGCUGUAUUUUAAUCAAAGCAGCUACAGUGACCGAAAAGGUUGAGCCACUGAAUACAACAAGCAUUGAAAAUGUGACUUUUAUAGAAGGAGAUAUUGCCAUUCUGCCUUGCCCUUUUAAGACAAUGGGCUACCUAAAGGUAAUUUGGCUCAGCCCUGAUAUGACAGUGAUCAGUCUUAUGGAUCGGCGCUUCAUCGGCGACGUACGUAUGCGUGUGGCGCGUCCUGACAAUGAUACAUGGAACCUUCACAUCAACAACAUCCGCUCCAAAGACACCGGCUACUAUCAGUGCAGCUUAAACUCAGACCCAGUGCAGACCAAGAAGAUUUAUCUUGAUGUCAAAAGUGCACCUACAGAGAUCAAAAAGAUUCAGCCAAUGAAUGACACUACCAUUCAUCACGUGACCGAAACGGAGGGAGGUAAUGCUAUUCUGCCCUGCUCUUUUAAGAGCAGUGCUACGGGCUACGUACAGGUAGUAUGGAUGAGCUCUGAUAUGACUUUGAUGAGCAUUGAGGAUCUGCGUAUCACGGACGACGAGCGUGUGAGCGUGAGGAGCCCUCAAAAAGAUGUCUGGAACCUCCACAUCAACAACGUCAGGCCUAAAGACACUGGUUACUAUCGAUGCAGCUUAAUCAAUGACCCAGUGAAGACCGAGAUGGUUUAUCUCCAUGUCAAAGAACGGACUAAAACCUCAACAACAUCAGCUACAUUUACGACGCCAGUAUUUGUUCAAACAACAACCAUCUUUAGGAAGCGAACACCAGACAAAGCCACACGAGGUCACCAUGCUAAAACUACGGUUAAAAGACCUAGAAAAACAAAAUGCCGACCUAUAUCAAAAUGCCAGUCACGGAGGACUAGACCAACAUUGCGCAGGACUAGACCAGCAUUACGCAGGACUACACCAACAUUGCCAUCGAGUGGAAAAAAAGAUCAAACAUCUAGCCGAAUUUCGAGUUUGGAAAUGAGAAGACUUGGCUAUUCAAGGAUCGAAGCAGCUUUACUACGUGUGAUAGAAGCGAUGAAAGUAUUCAGUUCCUAGUUACAAAGCCAUGAUCCUUUGUAAUACAUCUUGUUUGUUUAUUACACUCUUAUAUGUAUACAUGUAUAGUUCGUCCAUCGUGGUUCGAUGAUGACCACUUUGUCAUCCAGGGGGGCUGAGGGCUUUGCACUGGGGUUUUGUGCCUCCUCAUGUGGCUGGUGAGACCUAUGUGAGCCCAGAAUGUUCGGCCGCGCACUGGGCAGGUUAUUCCAGCUGGAGCUAGUGUCGCUUGCCUUGCUUUUCUUUUCUGGCGUUUUUCUUCUGUAGAGACUUAUACAGAAUUUAGCAUUAACUUCGUUUGCUUAGAAUCUGCCAUAUUAUCUACAUUUAAAUGGGUUACAUUCCCUUCUGCGUGGCGGUGGGAUAGAAACUAGUUUCUAUGUAAUUUCUUGUUAUUAAGAUCUGCUUUUCCAAGAAUUGUUACUUGAUAAGAAUUAAUUAUUUUUUGACACAAUAUCUAGAAAACAACAUUAUAUUUACAUUUUUUUUACAAAGCUAAUAUCAAUUUACUGUCUGUCUGUCUGUCUGUCUGCUAUGAAUUUGGAACAUGUUAUCUUUUCCACUUUUCAUUCUCGAAUUAAGUUGAAACUUUGCGCAGCCAUUAAUUGUCCCUCACAAAACUUGAAUCAAUAAAAAAUAUUUACUAAUUAAUUAAUUAAUCAGUGGUAAUGGAAUUUAGUUAAAAGUAAAAAAAAAGAGAAAUAGAUUGUACAGUGUUGAGAGAUACGGCCGAAAAUGUGCAGUUCUUUCCCUUAUAAAAGCUUUUGUUUUAAUUUUUUUUUUAUGUUGCUUGUUAUCAAUUUUUCUUUCACGGCUAAAUAAAUCUGGCUUUGAAUAAAAUAAAGUUUCAGCAGAAGCGAA